GCGUUGGGUCAUAUGGAAAUGAGUUGGCCAUAUCCUCUACACAGCAAAUUCGAUCCAGAGAACACAUCAUAUCAGAACAUCGACUACAGCAUGACUUCGCCGCUCGAACCCGAUGGAUCGAACUUCCCUUGCAAAGGCUAUCAAAAUGAUAGACCGAUUCGCACAACAGUAACAUACGCCGCAGGCUCCACAUACAACAUGACUUUGGCGGGGUCGGCAACACAUGGUGGAGGCUCUUGUCAAAUAUCGCUCUCUUACGAUAAUGGAGCGACGUUCCGAGUAAUCAAAAGCAUGAUUGGAGGCUGUCCUCUGGUCUCGACUUACGAUUUCACAAUACCAUCCUAUGUGUCCAGUGGAACAGCCUUGCUAGGAUGGACGUGGCAGAACAAUAUGGGAAAUCGGGAGUUCUACAUGAAUUGCGCAGAAGUCAGUAUCAUCUCUGGA